GAUUUCUUAUUGGCCCAAAUGAUUCCAAAUGUCUCCGAGCGGGCCUAUCACAAAGCGGCUUUUCUAUGGAUUUGACAGGCUUGCGGCGAUGGCCUAUCAGAAUGCGUGGGGGAGUCCGACCCGGAAGUGGCGGCCCUGGGAUGCGGUGGUGCUCUGUGCUGCUGGGGCUGCUGCUUCUGCGGCUUGGGCUACACGCUCUGCGGGGUCUUAUCCUGCCCGGAACGUCUCCUGUAGUGGUGCCGGGAGUCCAUGCUGUGUGCCGAGCCUCGUAUGGCCGCUUUGUCCUGGGAGCCGGGGAUGAGUACGGCCGCCGCUACAGCUCUUUCCCUGAGGGGCUGCGGAAAGAAAUGCGGGAGAUGGCCCGUGGGAUGUUCUCAUUCGGCUAUGACAGCUACAUGAAGUACGCCUUUCCCGAGGAUGAGCUCAACCCCAUCCUGUGCCGGGGACGCGGGCCAGACCACGGAGACCCUUCAAAUCUAAACAUCAAUGAUGUCCUUGGGAAUUACUCCCUAACCCUGAUUGAUGCACUGGACACUUUAGCGGUGAUGGGCAAUGCCACUGAGUUUCACAGAGCUGUUCGCUUGGUGAUUGACACAGUUUCCUUUGAUAAGAAUUCAACGGUGCAAGUGUUUGAGGCUACUAUUCGGAUUCUAGGCAGCUUACUGUCAGCCCACAUAAUCCUAACGGACAGCAAGCAGCCUUUUGGCAACAUGACACUAAGUGGUUAUGAUAAUGAACUUCUUCAUAUGGCUCGUGACCUCGCAGUUAGACUUCUGCCUGCGUUUGAGAACACCAAGACAGGCAUGCCUUAUCCCAGGGUUAAUCUGAAGAAGGGGGUCCCUCCAGAUAGCAGAAAUGAGACCUGCACUGCCGGGGCCGGUUCACUGCUUGUGGAGUUUGGAAUCCUAAGUCGGCUUUUGGGGGACUCCACGUUUGAGUGGGUUGCUCGCCGGGCUGUCAGAGCCCUCUGGAGUUUACGAAGCAAUGAUACCGGCCUCCUUGGAAACGUGGUGAACAUACAGACUGGGCAGUGGGUUGGAAAACAAAGCGGCCUGGGAGCUGGGUUGGACUCAUUCUUUGAAUAUUUGCUCAAGUCUCACAUCCUGUUUGGAGAGGAAGAGGAUUUGGAAAUGUUUAAUGAGGCUUACAAGAGUAUCCAGAACCACCUACGCAGGGGGCGUGAAGCAUGUAAUGAAGGAGAGGGGGACCCGCCAUUGUAUGUGAAUGUUAAUAUGCUUAAUGGUCAGCUCAUGAACACUUGGAUUGACUCGCUGCAGGCUUUCUUCCCCGGGCUGCAGGUCUUAAAGGGAGAUAUUGAGGAUGCCAUUUGCCUGCAUGCUUUUUAUUAUGCCAUUUGGAAGCGAUAUGGAGCUUUACCUGAACGAUACAACUGGCAACUACAGGCCCCUGAUGUCUCCUUCUACCCUCUCAGGCCAGAGUUGGUAGAGUCCACAUAUCUUUUAUACCAGGCCACCAAGAACCCCUUCUAUCUGCAUGUGGGAAUGGAUAUUCUGUUGAGCCUGGAGAAGCAUGCUAAGGCCAAGUGUGGAUAUGCAACUUUACACCAUGUUGUGGACAAAUCUCAGGAGGAUCGGAUGGAGAGCUUCUUCCUGAGUGAAACUUGCAAAUACCUCUACCUGCUGUUUGAUGAGGAUAAUCCGCUGCAUCGGGUUGAUAAUAAGUACCUUUUCACCACUGAGGGCCACCUGAUCCCACUUGACCCGCGUUUGAGGGACACUUCAUGGCAGGACAUCUUCCAUAAUAAAAACAAAGUGCAGCAAACCCAGGAGAAACUGUCACAGACAAAGCUCAGAACUGCUAACUCCAGCACAAAUUGUUAUAAGGUUCCGGAAGAGCGCAGGUUUUCACUACCGCUGAAGAGUGUCUACAUGCGCCAGAUUGACCAGAUGGUUGGGCUGUUGUAACUCAUGGUGCAACCUUAUGUGGAUCAAGGAAUGCAGCUAUUUAGGAACAAGGUUCUUCCCCAUAUGACUGGAAUAUCUGCUGGAGGCUGUGCGGAGUUCCUGUGUGCAUACCCUCAGCAUGCAAGGCAAUAAUGGUGAUUGUGGCAUGUCUGGGUGCACAGAAGAAUCUGCUCCUUGUCUAUUAUGCAAUAUUGCACAAAAUGUUUUGGGAUGCUCCACAUAUAGCAAACCCUCAGGGAUUUUGAAGGAAUAUACACCCUAGUAUGUGUCUUCCAAAGCUGCUCUUGUUCCUCAACACCUUCCCCACGGCAGGACCAAUACAAAAGCAGAUUCCUCAUUGGCUGCUGAUGAGACAAUUCUCAGUAUCUCCUAGCAAACCAAGGUCUCUGCAGAGGAAUGGCUCUGCCAGGUGCAUAUUGUUGCCCCUUUGCUGCUUUGUGACUAUGGACAGUCCCUGUAGUCAAGUUACAGUUUGCCAAAAUAGUGUCUUAAGCCAAUCGUAUUGUUCAGAUUGUGGCCUUGAAACUACGACUUGGACAGUGCUUUCCUCUUGCUCAUGCAGCUUCCUUUGAUGGAUCAGUGCCUUAAAACGACUCAUUGUCUUUCAUUUUCCAGCAAAGGUCGGUGACACCCGCUCCUCAGCCACUCAGCACCGUGCAGAUGAAUACGUUACUCUUUUAUUAGUUUCCUAAUCAGGGCUUCUUUUUAAUAAUUUUGUGGGGUUUUUUUUAAGGAUGAGGAAUUCCGUAUUUUCGAAGUCUGAGGAACAAACUGAACCAACACAAGUUAUAAUGUGUACUAAUGUUUGCUGGGCAUUGAGCCCCUUGCUGUUAGUUUGCACGCGCUGCAGACUUGUGGUGGGAGGAGUAUUGAGAUGUUAUGAUCAGUGCUAUGCCAGGUGUAAUUGUAAUUGUUAAAAACAUUCAGGGAUUAUUUUAUAAACUGUAAGACUGAAAAUGUGAGUUUUUUUUUAAUGUAAAGUCGGAGUCUUAUUAAAAAUCUGCAAUUUC